AUGAAUUCUCCCAAUGUUGCACGCUGGCAGGUCCUAGCGACCCCAAAAAAGCUCCUGGUGUCCUGCGUUUUGGGCCUCUUCUUCUUUGCCAUCGGGAUGGACCUCCGAGCUGAGCUCGGAGCUGGACACAACCAGAAGAAGAUGCUGAAGCGCGACACCACCAGCUCCGGAGAUGCUGCUAUCUGGCAGCCGGCCGCCGGAGUCAAAUGGCAGAUCCAGCUAAUUGAUGCCGUCGAAGACACCUCCGUGGAUGCCGACAUCUGGGAUAUCGACCUUUUCGACAACACCGCCGAAACUAUCUCCACUCUCCAGAGCAAAGGCCACAAGGUCAUCUGCUACUUCUCCGCCGGAACAUACGAAGACUGGCGUCCGGAUGUCAGCAAGUUCGACCCCGCCGACUUCGGCAGCAACCUGGACGAGUGGCCAGGCGAGCGCUGGCUAAAUAUCAAGUCCGCCAGCAUUCGCUCAAUCAUGGCAUCUCGUCUGGACAUGGCAAAGCAGAAGGGCUGCGAUGGUGUGGACCCCGACAAUAUUGAUGCGUAUGGCAAUGAAAAUGGUCUCGGUCUGACCGAGGCCGACUCGAUUGACUUUUUGACGUUCCUUGCGGCGGAGUCUCACUCUCGUGGCAUGUCUAUCGGGCUGAAGAAUGGUGGUGAUAUCAUUGGUUCUGUCAUUGAUAAGAUGCAAUGGUCCGUCAAUGAGCAGUGUGCUCAGUAUGAUGAAUGUGAUGUCUAUGCUGCCUUCACGGAAGUCAACAAGCCUGUUUUCCACAUUGAGUAUUCUGGUCAAACUAUCGAGUCCGACAGUUCUCCUAAGUCUUCUGAUACCAUCGAUACUGAGAUCAGUAUUACCACUAAUACCACAACCGAUACCGACAGUGAUGAUACCAUCACUGGCACACCUGCCCCUGCUUCCACUUCUUCUUCCACUGCCCCUGCUCCUGAGACCAACAGCACCGAUAAUACCACUGACGCGGAUGACACUGAUGAUGUGGAUUACGAAGAGGACGAGGACGAGGACGAGGAGGAAGAGCAAGAGGAGGACGAGGACGAGGACGAGGAGGAAGAGCAAGAGGAGGACGAGGACGAGGACGAGGAAGAAUAUCAUCAUGAUAUCAUGAAUGAUAAAGAAGACAAAAGAGCUAAAGACAUCAAAGAUGAUGUGCGCCCAAGUGGCAAUCAUGAGCACAGACAAGGACAUGGUCAUCAUAAACUCCGAGCUCGAGCCGUCCUUUCAUCUGCAUUGAAGACAUCCGCCUGCAACGCGGCCAGUGCCGACAAGUUCUCCACUGUUAUCAAGAACAUGAACCUCGAUGCCUGGGUUGAAUACUGCUAG